CUCAGAGCAUUCCCAGGCUCUGUCCCUGCCUUGCAGGAAGAAGUGCCCCCUGCCUAAGUGGAAUAAAUUGGUACCGACCAUUAGCAGUGUGGGCCUUCCUCUCCGAGAGGGAGGGGGGCUGUCAGUGCUGCUUUAGACACAAAACCUUCCUCCACCCACCCACCUUCUCCCUCUCUCUCCCACCGCCACGCUGCAGAGAGCCAGACCUGGGGAAGCGGAGCACACAGCAGCCAGCAUCUGGAGGAGGAGGGUCGCUCUGCUGUCAUCUGGCUUGGGUGAAGGGGGAGGCGGGGGGGUGCUCUCGGUUUGUGCUUGGAUUAAAACACGGCCCCAGACAAAGAAGGCAGAGGAGAGGAGUUUGGGGAGGGGAGGCAUAUGCCAGGGAAAGGCGCCGCUCUCAAUCGUGCCUCUGUUCCCAAGGAUUAAGGAAUGAAUGGGAGCUGCUUCCCCGCUCGCCAUGGAGAGAGGAGGCGAUUCAGGCUGCCAGGAUAAGGCUUCCUUCCUGCUGGGUCCCUGAAGCUCCCACCAGUAGCUCUGGCGACGCCCCGUGAAAGCACUCGCUGCGUGGCCUCCAGCCUGUGCAGCUGUUGCAUCUCCGAACCUGCUUUUGCAAUGGGUAAUGAGGAGCUGUGGGUCCAGUCAGUCUUGGAGAUGCCGAAGAGAAGAGACAUCCUGGCUAUCGUGCUGAUAGUUCUGCCCUGGACGCUGUUGAUCACCGUCUGGCACCAGAGCACCAUUGCUCCGCUGCUUGCAGUGCACAAGGAUGAUGGUGGUGACUCCAGGCAUGAUCUGGCCCAAGGCUCAGACUCCAAGGAGUACUGCCUGUCAGACCGCGACAUUGUGGAGGUGGUGAGGACAGAGUACGUUUACACUCGCCCGCCCCCAUGGUCAGACACCCUGCCCACCAUCCACAUCAUCACCCCCACCUACAGUCGGCCAGUACAAAAGGCGGAACUGACACGUCUGGCCAACACCCUCUUGCAUGUGCCCAACCUGCACUGGAUCCUGGUGGAGGACUCACAGCGGCGCACUCCUCUUGUCACCCGGCUACUGCGGGACACGGGGCUGAACUACACCCACCUCAAUGUGGAGACACCCCGCAACUAUAAGCUGCGGGGAGACAUGAGGGACCCCCGGAUCCCCCGCGGGACCAUGCAGAGGAACCUGGCCCUGCGGUGGCUGAGAGAGACCUUUAACAAAAACAGCAGUCAACCUGGGAUUGUUUACUUCGCCGAUGAUGAUAACACCUACAGCCUGGAGCUCUUCGAGGAGAUGCGCACCACCAGGAAGGUGUCGGUGUGGCCGGUGGCUUUUGUGGGUGGCUUGCGUUACGAGUCACCCAAGGUGAAUGCAGCGGGGAAGGUGUAUGGCUGGAAGACUGUUUUCGACCCCCACCGCCCGUUUGCCAUUGACAUGGCGGGCUUUGCUGUGAACCUCAGGCUGAUACUCCAGCGAUCUCAGGCUUACUUCAAACUGCGAGGAGUAAAGGGUGGUUACCAAGAGAGCAGUCUUCUCCGGGAACUAGUGACCCUGAAUGACCUUGAGCCGAAAGCUGCCAAUUGCACUAAGAUUUUAGUCUGGCACACAAGGACGGAAAAACCUGUGCUCGUGAAUGAGGGAAAGAAAGGCUUCACAGAUCCCAACGUGGAAAUCUGAUGCUGCAUGGCUGAGCGGAGAUCAAACAGAAGAUUCUCUCAUUCUGCAGGCUCCCCUCUGCAGCUGCCAGGACCACUCCUGACUUCUACGUGUUUUAAAUGUAUGAAAAACAAGCAAGUUAGAACAACUGACCAUACCUGCACUGCUCAGACUCUCCUGAAACUUCCUCCUGGACUCUGAACAGACCUGGGCCCUCUGGAGACGGAGGAAAAGCACAGAAACCGUAGCACUGACCUCAGCUUCAGUACAAGGUGCAGAGCCUGUGGGCUGCUUAGACUGGAAGGAGCAUGUGCAGGGCACCAUGCACUUGAGAAGAGGCCCAGCUGGAGCUGGUUUCACAGUAAGGAUGAGAAGUACCACAAGGAGCCACAUAUAUCUUGUGUCUGUGGAGAGGACACCUGCCCUUGGAGAUGGCACCUUUGCCCUUAAUUUGGAACCCAGGUUAUUCAGUAUUUAUUACACUGCAUAAGACUGAGCUUUGGAGAGGGAGAAAUGCAAGGCAGGUAAUAGCUAACCAACAACUAUCUGUUCUUGCCACCCCAUCCCCCUUUUAUCAGCUCCAUGGCUUGGACGGUGGUCUGACAGAUUUGACAUACCUCCAUGUACUUGUAUUGAUUUGUUUACAGCACCUGUGACCAUCUUCACUGUCCCUGCUAAACUAACUGGAGGUAGGCCUGAGCCAGAGGACUGGGACCUAUCUCUAGUGCUAACCUGACUGAGCCAAGUGUUGAGCUAGGUGUGCACUUCAGGGAGCCUAAGUAGUUUUUUUUUUUUUUUUUUUCCCCCCUCUUUAACAAAAUGGGAGGGAACCACUCAGCAUUUCACUGAAUGCUGCUGUCAUCUCCAACUCCUACCCUAGGCUUAAUUUCCAGUGUUCACUGUAAAGGAGGAAUCAUGCAGCACCAAACCUACUUCUGUCUAUUACUCCCACCUUCUUGAGUACAUUUAGUGUUGACUUUAAAUAUGUCCAUUUCAUGGUACCCAUAAAAAGCCACUUGAGCAGUUCUAUAUCUGCUAUUACUGAUGUACCCACCUCUAGUAUGAUGGCCCAGGCCUGUAUAGCUUCCAACACCUACCUGCACAAAGAGUGGAUUGAAAAGAAAUCAUCUGAACAAAAACAGCACACAAUAACCUUAACCCAAACAACUUCAAAUACCUGAAACCAUGGUGGUGCAAAGCUCCUUCCUGCAGGAGAAAGUUACACAGGUGGGGGUGGUUGGUUUUUUUUGACUGCUCUGUGUAAGGUAGAGAGAUGUCAUGGGGAAGCACAGUCUCUUAGGUGAUGCUUCUGUGUCUGAGACUUAGACACACAAAAGGAAGUUAAUCAGUUCCUAUCCAGCCCUUUCUUAAAAACUUUUUUUCUAGAUUGCUGCUUAGGUCUGGUCAGACUUCAAAAAUCUAAUCAAUCUCCCCUUCUUUUGGAAAAGUUUGAAGCACAAUUUUACAUGUGAAUUAAGGGACAAUGUAAAGAGACUCACUUAUUUUUUUAACCCUUAGCAUAUAGAAUAUUUCUUGCAGAGUAUUGGCUUCUGUGGGCAGAAAUCACUCAUUGGAGUAAUGCCAAAUCUAUAUUUCCUAGUAUUUAAAAAAAAAUUGUUUGUGGAGUUUAUUUUCCCUGCUGUAUUUAUCAAAACAAUCACUGGGGAAAAAAGUUACCUCCUUUAGCUGAUAAGGUUCUUUAGUUUCCAUUCAUGGAAGCCUUGCUACAUAGCUUCUGUGAAAACCUUCCUUUGUAUACAGUGGCUGAAAUCCAAACUGGAUAGCAAUGAGUUUAUGCAACUGGUAUCCACUUGCAUUUUGGGAACAGCCAUUAUUAGCUCAUGUUAAACAGUGGUGCUCUGCAUCAAAGCAGGUUUAUUCCACUAUUUUACAAGUCUCCCAAGUGCAGCGCUCAGUCUGUAUCUUAAAGGGGGAACAAAUUGGUAUUUUCAAAAGGGAUACAACAUUUUCAUGAUAUUCAAGUUAUGUUUUCAACUGAUGUCCUAGCUGCAUGUCUGUUUGUUUAUUAUAAUAACCCUGCUGGAUUGCAGCCUUCCAUCCUCUGUAGGGAACAACAGCUGGUCAAAUGCAAAGGACCAUGUCCUAAAGACAACCCUACAAAUACAAAUAUGCUCCACUCUCCUCAAAGUCAGCUACACAAGCCAGGCCUUUCCAGCUGAUGUGGUGGUGAUUGCUGGAAGAGCAGAGGUACAGAUGCUAUGGAGGAUGGAGUGUAUUACAGCUGCACUGUCUGUUCUCAGUUUUAA